AUGGCUUCUGAUAUCCGAAGUACUAUCGAUCCUGACGAACUUCCCCGCUUCAACCAUGUUCUGGACAUGUUGCGGACUAGUGGCGAACAAUACCAGAUGGUCUAUAGAGCUGACCUACGACAAGUUGUUAUUACCUACUACAGGGACGGCCGGUUGAAGACCAGGAGAUUUAAGACCACCUCACACGCUGAUGAGUAUUUCCGAAAGAACCCACUCGAUGGUGGAAGGAGGCCGCCAAAGGGUAACCAGGGUAACCAGGGUCAUCAGCAGGGUCAGCAGGGUCGGAAUGGCCGGAGAGUCGUUAUUAGCCAAUAA